AUCUGCUUUCAGAUUCCACAGAAAGCACUUGCAGAGAUCUUCUGGAGACUUGGAGCUCUCUGGAAGCUGCACAUUACACAAUGAAAAUCUUUCUGGCCUUCCUUCUUGCAAUGGGCAUCAUAGUGACACAGGGUGAUGCUUUCUGCUUUAGUAAAUUGUUCAAGCCAGGAGAGGCUGAAAAAGGCUGUAUGCUGGAUGGAGUAUUAUAUCCCUUUGGAGAGAUUCCAAGGACAGAAAAUUGCUUCAGAUGCAGCUGCAGCAAAAACGAAAUGCAUUGCUGCUCCCUCUAUCACACUCCUGUGAAUUAUGAUAAAGAAACAUGUAAAGUCAUUUUCAACAAGAAAAACUGUGACUAUGAGGUGGUGCAGAAGCACCCUUCAAAGCCAUGCUCUGGGUAUGCUCGUGUAGGCUAACAGUGUGCCCUGCUCCAAGCUACUCUGUGCCGUGGGAUUCGCCUGUUCCUGGAGAUGCUCAAAGACAUGAGAGAUCUUAUAAGAAAGAGUACUUCAGUGGAUCCAUCUUAAUCUCCCAAUUAUUCUAAUUCAGUAUACAAGAUGAAUAAUUAGUGACAAAGCCUUAUUUCUGUCAUUACUUGCAUUGAUAUCACUGAGCUUUGUUGAACUCAAUAAAUGCAGAUGAAACAUCCAGAA